AAACGAGCGAAAAGGUGAAAUGUUUUUGUGAUGGUGUGAUGUUAUAAUUUACCCGAGAUUUACAAAGGUAGAAUUCUAUUACAAUAUUUUUUGUUAUAAACAAAAGAUUUGUAUUUGAUUCCGUAAAAAUAAAUUGUUAUUAUUAAGUGUGUUCAAUGGUAAAUUGAAUAAUUUCGUUCGUAUAGCGUCAUGCCGCCAAGAACGAGAGGCGCUAAAGGAUCCAAAAUUUUAAAAGAAAACUUAGUUUCUGUUGGUAAAUGUACGUCGAAAUCCAAUGGUAAGAUUAAUAAACCCCCAAGAAAAGUACUAGCUGAUAAAACUAACUCUGCUUCAGAUGACAACACACCAUUUGAAACUAAGAAAAAAACCAGUCAUGUCAUCACAGAAAUCGAGAAUAUGACACGACCACGACGAGAAAGACGAUUACCAACACGGUAUGUCGGUAAUGAUACAUUUAAAAACUUGUCUAACUGUAAGGUUCAACCUGACAGUGAAAACAUUACUCCUGAAUUAACAAAUCAUAAGACUGUAAGGUCUGUCAAAGUAAAUACAACCAAUGAAUCUCCAUUUAAAACACCACAGAAAAGUCUUGAGAGCAGUUUAGUUGCUAACAAACCCAAAAGGAUAUGUCGAUUGCCAUCUAGAUUUGAUGAUCACUCUGCCAGCCCUUCUAAGUUUAUACCUGUAAAACCAUGUCAUGCCAGUACACCUAUUCUGGAAAAGAAAGGGUCUGUUGUUACUGAGCCUAAAGAAACCCUUUCUAACAAAGAAGUUCUCAAUAAGAAGAGUCCAUUAAAAAGGCCUAUUCAAGAUAUACCUGAGCCAAGCUCUGACUCAAAUAAUAAUGCCAAGAGAAAGUUACUUAGAUUAGGAACUGUACAGAAAGAUGCGGGUACUGCAAAAAGCAAAGUAAUAACAACCAGAAUCAGAGAGAAAGAUAAAAAAUCUCCAAUAGUCAAAACAAGAACUGCAAAAAAGCUAUAUCAGAAAACUUCCAAUGCAAGUUUUUCAUUCAGAGAUUUAGAGAAUAAGGAAAAGUGUUCUCAAAAUGAAGACAAUAAUCUUGAUGUCUAUGAGUUUACUUAUGAUCCCAAUGAAGAACCAGCCCCUGCCAAGAAGAAAAGGAAAAGGGCUGUCAAAAAGAAACCUUCUAAGCCAGUACAGCCCAAAACAGUUGUGUUUAAGAAUAAUUAUGAUCAAAAUGUUGGAAAAGCUUUGGAAGUAUUAAAAAAUGUUGUUUCCAAGAAAUUGGAUGUACCUAAAGUUGUUAUAUCUCCAGCUAAUGAAAAAAUAACUGCUAAAGAUGUUCAAACUGAGACCCAUGUUGAACAACAUAAUAUUCAGGUACCGAAAGAAACUUUACUCUUAGACAAAAAUAAUGUAGAACCAACUCAACCAACUGCAAAUGUCACAAACCAGAUUGAAGAGCAAAUUAACAAUUCUGUAAGGGUUGAAGACAUUGCAGCAGACUUCCAAGUACCAAUGGAAGACUACAAUGACAUAAACUAUUCCCCAGUUAACACUCCCCAACGUCCUAUAACCCCUGCUAUAAAUACAAAUAACACAAUUGAUCAAUCAUUAAACCCCAAUGAUCCUUUGAAUCUCCGAAAUGAUCUUAGUUUCUUUGAUGAAAACCCAGUGGCUAGUAGCAGCAUGAAUAUGUCUUCAAGGCAUCCCCAAGCAAGUCCUUGGAGAGUAGAGUUCAAUAACUUGCCUAUAAGAUGGCAUGUAAAUAGUUAUGUUAAACCCAACAUGACACCUGCAGUAGAAAGCUCUUUUAUCAAUUUUGAAGACAAUAAAAAGAAACAUGUUUAUACUAAUAUGAUAGGUCAUGAUGACAAUGCACUAGAACCACUACAAAAUCAGUCCAAUCUGAAACAAACCAGUAUAAUUUCUUUUAUAAGAGAAGUAGUUGAGAAAAGUGCUCAGAAAAAGAAAAGAGCAAAAUCUGUUACACCAACAAAAGCAAGUAAUCUAUUUGAUGACCUUGCAAAAGCAAAUAAUACUAGCAGUAAAACUCCUAAGAAAUCAGAAAAAAUUGAUAAUAAAAAAAGUAAAAAAGGAGAAACAAAUGUGUCUAGUGGCAGUGCAAAACAAGACAAAGAGUGCAAUGAGAUUAGUGAAAAUAAACAGAAGAAAACUAAAAAUCCUGAGAAAGAUAAAGAUGGUACAUUUUUUGGGUUUGACGAUAGUGAGGAUCAAGAAAAUGUAUCUCCUGUUAAGGUCAGUCCUAAAGUCAGGGCACUACGGCCUCGCGCAAGGGCUGUGUUACAACAAAUUAAUGCAAUGUCGGGGCCAACAAGAGCUGUACCUUUAGCUGCUAAGUCUAAGCUUGCUACUAAUACCGACUCAGUUAACAAAGUUUUUGAAGAGAUAAAGUCAGCUGCAGAUGCUCCCGUGUUUCCUGAAGGGAAUGAAGUGCAACCAAGUAGCGAGGUUACUGUAGUUGAUGAAGUAUACAAUGAUGAUGAUUCACAAUCUGUACACCUGUUUGAGGAUAUUGAACUUGUGCAUCAUUUGAAGCCAACCAGAAAGAGUUAUGGCAAGGCGAAGAAAGUAACAUUCCGCCAGCAUUCCACAUCAAGUGGAACCCAAGAUUUAGAGCAGGAAGAAGAGCGUGUGUACAGUGAUGGAGAUGACCUUGCUGACCUCACAUUUACCAUGCCGAGCUUUCAGCCUCAAAAGAAAGCUAAGAAGAAGUCUAAAAAACAAAUGAUGUCAAAGAAAGAGCAAAAAGCAUUAGAGGAAUGGGCAGCUGGAUUCAACUCAAUGUGUGAAGACAUCGAAGAUGUUCCACUGAAUGUUGAGUGAAAUCAUUUAUUAUUGUUCCACAACUAGUUUGGCUUGAUGUAAGUGGUUUUUAAUGUUACUUUACACAGAACCCAUUUGUCAGACAGAUUAGUUUUGUACUAUACAUCCAGUCCGGAUUCGUGAUAAUACGAAAAUUGGAUUAGUGCACGAACAAUAUUGUGUAUAAACCCUUAUUAUAUCUCAUAUCAUUUGAUCAUUUUAAUAGAAUCCAAACAUCAUUUAGAAUGAGUCAUUUGAUAGCAUCCUGACCCUGUAGCAUAGCAUGCUCGACGCCGUUUUUAUCGCGCUUUAUAAACUCUCGAUGUUUCGCUUUUUAUUAUGACGUGAAAUGAGACAGCUAUAGUUUUUCGCGCGAUAAAAACGGCGUCGUGGGUGGCAAUGCUACGGGGGCUGGUGUGAUGGCAUGUCUUGUGAUGUAAGUGCUUGGAAGCGCACAAAAGAAAUAGCAAGCAUAUUUUUUUUAUCAACCCGCAACUAAUUGCAAUCAUAAAAUUAUAUUAAAUAUCAAAAUCUGGAUGUAUGUGAGAAAUCAUGAAGAAAAAAAUCCCUCUGUUAACCACAAAUUCAUGUCUAAUGUUAUGUGAUCUUACCAAAAUUUGUGAUGAAUAAAUAGAAAUAGGAAUUUUAAAAGACAAUAGAAAAACUAUAUUGUACUUGACACUAUAGAAUUGAUGUGUAGUGGUCUUGCAUACCACAUAAUUUUCAGCGCAGUUGUAUGUAUGUAUAGCUGUAAAAUAAUUCUCAGCUUUGAGAUGCAAUAUGAAAAAAUUAUGGUUUAAUGUGUAUCUAAUGCGACCUCACAUUCACCAAAACUUAAUACUUCUAUAGUUUUAUAUUAUUUCGAAUUUUAUUAAUAAAAUAGCAACCUCAUCAUUUGAUUGUGUUUAGACGUUGACUAAUGAAUAGGGACAUUUUCUACUAUUUUCUGCCAUUAUUAAGUAAAUUUGUGGUUAACAAUACAUAGCUGCAAACAACUUAAACAUCUAUUGUGUGAUCUGAAUAACGUCAAUUAUGUAAACUUAUAUUUUAUUUAGAUUAUGUUAGUGCAUAAGGCAAGUAUUUAAGUUAUAAUAGUUUUCUCAGAAAACUGUAAGUUAAUUGAGAAUUAUGUUUAAGAAAUGCCAUGGUGUUGCUUUUCUAGAAUCGGCCAUUUUAUUUGCCAUUUUAAGAUUAACGGACACAAUAUUAUUUUAAAUCAGACCAUGACAAGUGCAUUUUUUUAGAGUAAGAUUAGAAAUAUUUUUUAUUAUUACAUAAGUUUUCUGAGUUUAUUCUGUUUUCUGAUACGGGAGUUACUCGUAAGAUGAAAAUGAAUGAAGUUUUAUUUUUUCCGAAUUACGUCUUUGUUAUAUCACGUUCAAUCCUGUGCCCAAAGAAUCUAAUCUCUUAACAACGCCACUAAAAUGUGAUCAAUGUUAAUUUUUUGUAUAAAAAACUUAAUGAAGCAUUUGAUUUUAAGCAUUCGACUUCCUCUGCUUUAUAGACAUAGAUUACUCUAAAUAUAUAAAAGAGGACACUGAUUGACUGAUAUUAUCAACGCAGCCUUAACCACCAGGUCUGGGAUUUUAAAUUUGACAUGUAGAAUUGUUAAUGUGGUACUAGGGGUAUAUACUAAGAGAGGAUUUCCCGGAAUUUUCAUGGGAAGGGAAAUUAACGGGAUCUGAGCGGCAGGAGUGCUUUAAAGUAAGUCGACUUAAACAAAACAUAAAUUUUAAUUAAAAUAUCUUUUUAAGUUUUAAAGUACUUUUACGUUUUCAAAGUGGCCUCGGCAGUAUUAACGGCGCAAAACCAAGUUUUUAUCCUCAAUAAAAUAACGACCUUAUGGCAAGUGCAUUAAACUUAAAAUCCAAAAACAAAAUGUAUUCUGCUGUCUUGCUCAUAAAAGCGGCAGUUCUGUGCGCUGUAGCACUUUGCUAGGC